CUGCCACAUGGCCCCGCGGCCGCACGUCCCGAGCCGGCUCGAAACUCACGCACGCGGUAGAAAGUCGCGCGAAACUGACGUUCAAAAAACUAAUAGGAUUUUUGUUCAUUUCAAAAUUAUUUUAGUGACUUGUGCUUCAAAUUAAAAAUAGUAAAAUAAUUUAUUUUGGACUUUUUUGCAAUAAAAAAAAUAUCUUUAAUUUUUCGAUGUUAUUGAAUAAAAAAAUAUUAGCAACAAGGAAUGCAUCUCAAUAUUUGCAUGAUCAGUCAAGACCAUAUCUCUGAAGAGUAUUAUCGUACUUAGUGGGACGUGGUACAAAACAGGUCCCGGAGCCACUGGACCGUGUAAAGUUAUAAGGAACACCUAAGGGUUUCAGUGGACAGUGUGGACUCAGUGUUAUCAGUUCAAAUUCCAAGUUAAAAAACUUCUGUGGACAUUCCGGAACAUAGACAUAAGAUUAAGUGAAAGUUUGUAAUUUCCUAUAUUUGUGUGGGAGCGGCCGAGCUUAAGUGUAAAGACAAAGCAGAGCUCAGGAACAAUGGACCACCUGUUCCGGCAGCGACGGAUUAGUGUGCCCAAGAGGACGAGUGAGCUGGUGGCUCUAAUAGCAGUAUCAUGCACGUUGUUCCUGUUCCUGCACACUCGGGACCUGAGCACCAAGCUGCGGCGGAUGGAGGGCAGGCUCAACGAUGACGUCACAGCUUUCAACCAUCUUACUGACAGAGUCCCUACGGACCGCACGGAGCACGCGUAUGCGUCUGCGCAAGAGUACAAAGUGGCUCUCGAAGCUAUAAGGAGGCAUACCGGCGCAGAGCGCAGCAAACCCCAACGAACACUAGAGGCUGAGCCUGAGGAUUCUCAGCAGGAGGCUGAACAGGAGUACCUGGAUGAGCUGCUGGUGCCAGAACCCUGGGAGCUGAACAACACGGCUCGGGCUGGCACCGAGAUCCUGUUCUUCAAUCGAGUGCCUAAGGUUGGCAGUCAGACCUUCAUGGAACUGCUGCAUAGGCUGGCAUAUAAGAAUCAGUUUGGUUUCCACCGAGACGCAGUUCAGCGCGUGGAGACGAUUCGGCUGGCGCCAGCCGACCAAGUAGCCCUCGCGAGUCUGGUGUCCAGCUAUGACCCCCCGGCCUCCUACAUCAAACACGUUUGCUACACCAACUUCACCAGGUUGGGUUUCCCGUCGCCAAUAUACGUGAAUGUGGUCCGUGACCCGGUGGAGAGGGUGAUCUCAUGGUACUACUACGUCAGAGCUCCGUGGUACUACGUGGAGAGGAAGAGGGCCUUCCCCGACCUUCCGCUGCCUGACCCUGCAUGGCUGAAAAAGGACUUUGAAACCUGUGUCCUGAGUGGUGAUCGCGAGUGCCGCUACGUGGAAGGUCAGACUCACGAGGGUAUCGGUGACCAUCGGAGACAAACGCUGUUCUUCUGCGGACAUGAGCCACAGUGCACCCCCUUCAACAGUGUGGAAGCCCUGCAGCGCGCCAAGCGCGUGGUGGAAGAGCAAUACGCGGUGGUGGGAGUUCUCGAAGAUAUGAACUCGACGCUGCUGGCGCUGGAGAGAUACGUGCCCAGGUUCUUCCAGGGAGCACUCAAACUGUACUGGGAAGAGAUGAACACAUUCAGCCGGAUCAACCGCAACGCCUUCAAGCCUCCCGUCUCCGAAGAAGUCAAGCAGAUCGUCCGAGCAAACUUCACUAGGGAGAUAGAAUUCUACGAGUUUUGCAAACAGAGGUUACAUAUGCAACUCAGGGCUCUUAGGGACCCCACAAUUACGGUCCCUACGCCCCGUAGCUCUAGAACACGAAGGGCACAUAAGACCCCAAGAGUAUAACCGUAUUAAUCUGAUGGGUAGCCCAUCCCUUCUAGACUUUGAAGUGAGGAGAUGAAUUUCAAAAUGGAGGACUGAUGCUGAUGUAUCCAGUGACUGAAACGUAAUAUUUGAGUUCUUUG